AUGGAGCGCGGGGUUCUGGGCUCCAGGUGCACCGGCGCCGUCCAAAUCUUGGGGGCGAAGACCGGGGCCACGACGUCAUGUGGCAAAACAACCUCCACACGUUUUACUGGUUCUACCAAACAUGAGCAGAACUUGCAUGAGAAUGUCAAGCCGUUGCAAUUGGCAACAAAUGGAUCCUCUCGUUUGGCUUACAGAAGUCCAGUGCUUAAACAUCAGUGGAAUCUUUCUGCUAGUUCUUCCUCCGCAAAUGUGGUUACCACUUUUGAUGAUGACAAAGGUGUAUCUUCCGGUGUUGUUGAAGAAAAAAUUGGAGUACUGUUAUUAAAUCUUGGUGGUCCAGAGACCCUCGAUGAUGUUCAACCAUUCUUGUUCAACCUAUUUGCUGAUCCAGAUAUCAUUCGACUGCCUAGGCUCUUCAGGUUUCUUCAAAGACCACUGGCCAAACUUAUUUCUACUUUUAGAGCUCCUAAGAGUAAAGAAGGGUAUGCUUCAAUCGGUGGUGGGUCACCAUUGAGGAAAAUUACUGAUGAGCAGGCAAAUGCUUUGAAGAUUGCUCUGGAAAAGAAAAAUUUGAACGCAAAUAUAUAUGUUGGGAUGCGGUAUUGGUAUCCUUUCACAGAAGAAGCCAUUGAUCAGAUUAAGAAGGAUAAGAUUUCCAAGCUCGUUGUUCUUCCACUCUACCCUCAGUACUCCAUAUCAACAAGUGGGUCAAGCAUUCGUGUUCUCCAAAACAUUGUCAAGGAAGAUUCAUAUUUUUCUGGCUUGCCAAUUUCCAUUAUCGAAUCAUGGUACCAACGUGAUGGCUACGUGAAAUCAAUGACUGACCUAAUUGAAAAAGAGCUAUCUGCCUUUUCCAAUCCUGAAGAGGUUAUGAUAUUCUUCAGUGCACAUGGUGUGCCACUUACCUAUGUUGAGGAUGCUGGAGAUCCUUACAGAGAUCAGAUGGAGGAUUGUAUUUCUUUGAUAAUGGGGGAGCUGAGAUCCAGAGGAAUCUUAAAUGGUCACACUUUGGCGUAUCAGAGUCGGGUGGGGCCAGUUCAAUGGCUGAAGCCAUAUACUGAUGAAGUUUUAGUAGAACUUGGUCAAAACGGUGUGAAGAGCCUCCUGGCUGUUCCAGUAAGCUUUGUGAGUGAGCACAUUGAGACAUUGGAAGAAAUCGACAUGGAGUACAAGGAGUUGGCUCUAGAAUCAGGCAUUGAGAACUGGGGUCGGGUUCCUGCUCUUGGAUGCACUUCAACGUUCAUCUCCGACCUUGCAGAUGCUGUUGUCGAAGCCCUGCCCUCUGCCUCAGCACUCGCAACCAGAAUGCCUGAAGACACUGAUUGCAACAUGGAUCUGAUGCAUUACCUGACCAAGAUGUUCUUUGGCUCGAUCUUGGCAUUUAUCCUGCUGUUAUCACCAAGACUAGUUUCUGCUUUCCGAAACACCAUGCUUUAG